AUGGAUUGGAUUCAUUGUUUAAAAGAAAGUACCUGUUUAGUAUGCCGCAUGCCAUGUUCUAUUAUGAAACUCGUCCCAGACAUGAAACAAGAGAUACAAGACUAUUUCACAGACCCAGAAGAGAUAAUUAAGAAAACGUGCGAAGUGUUACAAUUCCAGAGGCAGCACCGAAGGAGAUUGAUAUCGUAUCUUUUGCAGUCGACAAAGAAAUUUUAUACAGCUCGGAACGAGUUGAAGCGAAUGACUGAUUUGUGUCAACAACAACACAAACAGCUGAAGGAGUAUCAGAAAAUUAUAAAGAAUUUGGAAGCACAACUCGCGAACCAGUCAAAGCAUACAUCCCCGUUUAACAUCCCAAUAUCGCCGGGCAGUAACAUAUCUCCAAGCUUCAUUCAAAGCAGCGUUGCGAGUAAGAGACCAGCUAAGAGCACUCCAUACACGCCAUAUCAGUCGAACCUCGUGACCCCAACGCGGUUAAGUAAACAGCGAUCAGCCAAUUUCAGCGCUCAUAGUCAGCGUUCAAAUACGUCCAACAAGAUAUCUUCAACGGUGUUCACUCCGCCCACUCCAGAAUCGGCCGGAUCUCGUCUCAGUCAGCGCAGUAAUGAAUCUGGUUAUUUGUCUAACAGUCCUUGGGUACUGUCCCAAAAUAACUGGUACUUCAACCACAGCAAGAAGCAAUAGGAACAAUA